UAAUUUAUUGGAUUCAUUUAGCUCUCAAGUUUUUUUCGUAGGCAGACUAAUUGUGUCCAAUCAACGGUUGUUGACAGGAGUAUUUGAACGCUGAUUGGUUACAAAUCAAAAUGGUCCCGCCUCUUUCCGGAAGCUGACGGUCACCUGACUUUUCUUUUUUCUCUGUGUUUCCUUGUUAGCCAGCCUCAGUACUAGCCAACAAAACAACCGUCUCACUUUCUUCCCCUUUUCUAUUUCGUCCUCUUUUCUCUUUCUUCUCUUUCACCAGCAGUUAAAGUAACUUCUUGCCCUCCUCCAAAAUCAUGGACGAGACGAGUCCGCUCGUCUCUCCGCUCCGGGACUCCGGUGAUUUCAGCUACUGUCCCACGGAGCCCACCAGCCCCCGGGGCGCGUUUGGAAGCACACCGGGCUCGGUGGUGCGCAUCCCGGCAGGCAGUCCGGGGCGCAGCCGGGAGAGACAGCCGCUCCUGGACCGGGACCGUGGUAGCUCGCCGCGGGAGCCGCACAGGAACGAGUUUCCGGAGGAUCCGGAGUUCAGAGAAAUCAUCCGAAAGGCCGAGCGAUCCAUAGAGGAGGGGAUCUACCCGGAGAGGAUCUACCAAGGAUCCAGUGGAAGCUAUUUUGUCAAAGACUCGCAGGGGAAAAUCAUCGGCGUGUUCAAACCUAAGAAUGAAGAGCCCUAUGGCCAGCUGAACCCAAAGUGGACCAAGUGGCUCCAGAAACUGUGUUGUCCCUGCUGUUUUGGCCGCGACUGUUUGGUGCUGAACCAGGGUUACCUCUCCGAGGCCGGGGCCAGCCUGGUCGACCAGAAACUGGAGCUCAACAUUGUUCCCAGGACCAAGGUGGUGUACCUUGCUAGUGAAACGUUCAACUACAGUGCUAUAGACAGGGUGAAGUCUCGAGGAAAGAGGCUAGCCCUGGAGAAGGUGCCUAAAGUGGGCCAACGUUUCCACAGGAUUGGACUGCCACCCAAGGUCGGCUCCUUCCAGCUCUUUGUUGAUGGAUACAAGGAUGCAGAUUUCUGGCUGCGGAGGUUUGAAGCUGAGCCUCUGCCUGAAAACACCAACCGUCAGCUCCAGCUGCAGUUUGAGCGGCUCGUAGUGCUCGAUUACAUCAUCAGAAACACAGACAGGGGGAAUGACAACUGGUUGCUGAAGUAUGACUGUCCCAUGGACCCUGAUGGGACUAAGGACACAGACUGGGUGGUAGUGAAGGAUCCCAUCAUCAAGCUGGCAGCUAUAGAUAACGGCCUCGCCUUCCCCCUCAAACACCCUGACUCCUGGAGAGCCUACCCGUUCUACUGGGCGUGGCUAUCCCAGGCCAAAGUUCCUUUCUCUCAGGAAAUCAGAGAGCUCGUCCUGCCCAAACUUUCUGACCCAAAUUUCAUCAAAGACCUGGAAGAAGAUUUGUACGAAUUAUUCAAGAAGGACCCUGGUUUCGACAGAGGACAGUUUCACAAACAAGUAGCCGUAAUGAGGGGGCAGAUCCUGAACCUGUGCCAAGCCCUGAAGGACGGUAAAACUCCCCUGCAGUUGGUCCAGAUGCCCCCAGUAAUCGUUGAAACAGCCAGAGCACCUCAGAGAGCCAACAGCGAGUCCUACACACAGAGUUUCCAGAGCAGAAGACCCUUCUUCACCUGGUGGUAGGAGCGACUCACUGGAGAGGAGGAACAGCAGGAAGCCGGGGCGAGGGCAAGGAGUGUCCGUGUGCGGAUGGAAGGCAUUGCAGAAUCUGAUCCCUGAAAUGGAAAUAAUCAUCAACCUCCCCUCCUCUCCUUUAUGGAUAUUUUGGUGACAGAGUGAGUGGAGAGAUGAGGCCAUAAGUGGAAGAAUUUCACAACAUAUCUUUCCUGUUUGCCUCUGUGCCUUGCGUGGAUGUCGAUGACUCAUUAAUGUCUAAAUGAUGGAAGAUUCAGUGAGAGAGACAGAAAAGAUUUUCAGUGCGGAAUCAGACUUUUCUUUUGGACUCCUGGGUGCACGUAAUGUUUGCCCACACAUGCACGCCAGCCAAUAGCCUCUCCUGCUGUCUUUUUGGAUGGAAAGAUGUUGGUGUUGCGUUCCAUGUUUGUUUGUUUUCUUCAUACCUCUCUGCCUUUUUAAUAUUCACCUGCAUAUUCCCUCCCACACAGUUAAAAGCCCUGGGCUGGUGAAAGCAGCGAUGCCACUGGUGAAAUAUUUUUAUUUUAUAACCAAUAAGAGAAGUGUUCAUUGUGGUUAAGUCUUGAAGAUUAAAGAACUGGGAUCUCGCUGGUGUGUAUGUCUUAACACGGUGAACACAAGCCAUGUGAACUGGUUUCACAUUUACUCAUUGUGCUUCCUAAUUGUUCAGAAAGAAGAAGCACUUUUUGGUGAAAGACACAAACUGUUUGUUAAAGCUCCUUCCUCCACUGAUGCGUGAAAUACUUGAUGAAGGCGACAAAAUGAUCCCAUCUGCAAGCAGGCAGAGGCAGGGGGAGGGGUCAGUGAUUCCCAGUCCACAAACUCCUUUUUUCUCUGUCGGCCAUGUUGAUUUCUGUUAAUUUUUUUGGCUUGUGGGGUGGACCUAAACAAUGAAGUAACUUCCUGCUGUACUGAACUGACAUGAAAUGUAUUGUGACAAUGCACUGUAUAAUUUGUAUGUAAUAUUUAAUGAUAGAUUAUAAUUAAAACAUAUUCCGCUAAUACAAA